UCAGUCUUCUUUUCGUUUUUCUUGCGCAUGGUUCGUUGUCGUGCUCGAGUCUUGGCAUUUUUGCAUUAAAACGCGCUCUCGGCGCUUGAAAACCAACAAAAGUUAAACUGUUCUGCAAAGUGCAGCGUGCUUGGCUGAAGGAGUCUUUUGCCAAGCUGCAUUUCGAGACAACAACAACAAUAACAACAACGAAGUUAGGGGAGCAUCCAACGCAGGUUGCGCUUGAGAAGUUAGUGGAACGAGAAGCGAUUGUAUUGCAAUUGAUAUAGGCAACAACAGCAAGUUAAUAAUUGUUUAUAAACAAAGAAACGCGUUCACCUACACACACACACAGCAACAAAAUGGUGGACUAUUACAAAGUAUUGGAUGUGGCACGCACUGCCACCGACGGUGAAGUGAAAAAGGCCUAUCGAAAAUUGGCGCUCAAAUGGCAUCCAGACAAGAAUCCGGACAAUUUGGAAGAGGCAAACAAACGUUUUCGCGAGCUUUCCGAGGCCUACGAAGUCUUGUCUGAUGAAAAGAAACGCCGCAUUUACGAUGAGUACGGAAAGGAUGGGCUAGGGGAUCGGGCCCAGAGCCGCUCGCAUGCCCGUCAUCAUUACACGCACGACUUUGAUGACUUUGACAUUAUGGGCGGCUUUCCGUUUGUGUUCCGACCGCCCGAGGAGGUCUUCCGCGAGUUCUUUGGCGUCAAUUCGCCCUUCGCCGACUUCUUUAGAGAUGCCAAUGGCUACUCACAGUCAAAUGGCGCCACUAGCAGCAGUCGACGUCAUGGCGGACACACUGGCCACAAUAGUGUCAACGGCGGCGGCGCUGCUCGCCAUCAUCAUCAUCACCAUCAGCACAAAUUGGCGAGCCCGUUUGGUGCGCCCAUGCUCAACUAUUCAAUGAUGGACUUUUUCAUGCCCACCAGCGGUUUCACCUCCUUCUCCGCCAGCAACAGUGUCGCCGGCGGUGGCCACCACAGCAACGGAGCCGUUAAGCGCACAUCCACCUCAACGGUAUUUGUCAAUGGCAAAAAACUGAUGACCAAACGCGUCGUCGAAAAUGGCAAGGAAACUGUCUUUUCGUAUGAAAAUGAUGUGCUUAAAUCAAAGACUGUGAACGGAGUAUCCCAAAAGCUCUCUUCAAUAGCGAAUUAAUUAAAUGGGAAACAACACAAGUGGAUAACAAGUUAUUUAUCAAAAACAAAACAAAAAAAAAAGUAAAAGCUGAAAAAAUAAUUCAAUACGAACGCGCGGAUAUAACAAUAACAAAGAAAAAGUCAUAAAUUUAAAAAAAAAAAAAAACCAAGAACAAGAAGAAGAUAAACGCAGGAUGAACGCUUUCUUAAUGCUUCGUUGAUAAAUAUGUUUAAUGAAAUUGUUCUACAUUAGAAUUUAGUUAUGUUUUAAUGAAACCGUUUAUUUGGAAGGGAGCAGCAAAGGCGGGCGACGGCAACAGCAGCAGCAGCAGCAGCAGCGACAACAGCAACAACAACAACAACACCAGCAGCAGCAGCAGCAGCAGCAGCAGCAGAAACAACAACAACAACAACAAAAUGGCAGUUAAUUAAAUUACUUGUACGGCUUACGGUUAUUUGAGUGCAAAUUUGAUUCGAAAUUCUGAACAUACAGGCCAAAAAAAAUUUGUUGUCAAAAGUUUCGAACAAAAAGCCUGAAAUACAUUGAAAUAUUAAAGCCGAGGUAGCAAGAGCAAAGCAAGCAAAAUAAAACAAACACAACUGAAAUGCUAAAAA